UCGGUUCCGUUUGGUGAUGAGUCUAUGACCUGAUGACCUGACCAGUUAGCUGGCUGCAGCCCCUGCUUUACGUGUCGUUUCUUGGGGCAGAGCAGGAAGAGAGGGGCUCUGGCAGCUCCUCGCAGCGGGGACCUCGCGGCCUUUCACACCAUCUAGGGUGUUUUCAGUCCCUCAACCCCUGAGGAAUAGGCCAUUGGAAUUUAAAUUCAUGUCUGGAUUAUGUGCUCAUUUUGCAGUUUUAGGGUAUUUUUCUUGUAUACAUGGAUUGUAAAACGUCAAGGAACAAGCUUUUUUUUACUUUAACUUACCGUUAUGGGACUUUUCUGUGCACGUUGUUGAUCUGUUCACAGUAUGGAUUUGGAACAUAUGAUUUAGGUCAGUGCUAACCUUAGUUUUGUCUUCUUUUCUAGACAACGCACAAGGGCCAACGUGCCUUCAGGAUGACGGCGCUCCAGUCUCCGAGACAAGACGCAGGUCCGCACCACGUCAGCUGGUGCCCGCGCCGAGCAGCGGGCAGUGCUGGGGCCCCCGGCAGGCGCUGCCCUGCGCCCUGAGCUGAGCUGGUGCACUCGCUGGACGCAGGCCCUCUGUAGUCAGAUGGAUGACCAGCCGCGUUCAUAUGCGUCUCGGAAAACGGCAUUAUUUUGAAAAAGCUGAAGAUAAGGAACGUUUGGGGGCACAGAUGAGCCUUCGGAUCAGGUUUUCACCCACCUGAGGUGACACGACAAAGCAGUCAGAAUAGGUAUGGUUAGUCAUGGAGAAUAACCAGGAACCUCAUCCCACAGGGGAUGGCGAAUGUGUUUCCGAUAAAAUAAAUUUUAAAAUAGAAGAGGAAGAUGGCGUUCGGACUCCGAAUCACGGUUUGGGAAAAGUGGAGAGUGAACACGAGCAGGACCGAAAACGGGCUGACGGCAGUGGGGAGCGGGCGGAGGCGGGGGAGGCGGGCCGGGGCUGCGAGCGCCCCGGGAAGGGCCCGCCCGCCGACCAGGAGGAGGAGUACGGGUCCCUGUUUUCCCAGUACAGCAGCACGCUGUACGACGUGGCCAUGGAGGCCGUGACGCAGAGCCUGCUGGCCGGCCGGGGCGUCAGCUCCAGGAAGAAGUCUCCGGCCUGGAAGCACUUCUUCAUCUCGCCGCGGGACAGCACCAAGGCCAUCUGCACGUACUGCAUGAAGGAGUUCAGCCGCGGGAAGAACGAGAAGGACCUGAGCACCAGCUGCCUCAUGCGGCACGUGCGCAGGGCCCACCCCACGGUGCUCGGCCCCGAGAGCGGCGGCCUGCCCGCCCUGCCCACCCUCGCCCCCCCGCCACCGCAGCCGCCACCGCAGCUGCCGCCGCCCGCCGAGGCCGGGGACCCGGGCGCCCUGCUCGCACCUGUCAAGCUCGCCCCAAAACUGGCGUCGAAGGUCCCUUCCCCCGAAGACGUGACGGAGGAGUCUGUGAUCCCCGAAGAAGUCGCCUCCGAGAAGCAGGGCAGGGAGGAGGCCCCCGGGGGCCCGCCGCCCCUGCCCACCCUGCCCUGCGAGGAGGCCCCCGAGAACGGCCUGGAGAGAAACCCCCCGCUCCCGAAGAGCGCGUCCGGCUCCCGGAGGCGCUCCGCCGUGUGGAGACACUUCUACCUGUCGCCGCUGGACAACUCCAAGGCCGUGUGCGUCCACUGCAUGAAUGAGUUCAGCCGGGGGAAGAACGGCAAGGACCUGGGCACCAGCUGCCUCAUCAGGCACAUGUGGCGCGCGCACCGCUCCAUCGUGCUGCAGGAGAGCGGCGGGGGCACGGGCAUCCCGCCCCCCUACGCCGCCCCCCCCACCCUGCUGCCCGCCCUGCCGCCCGCAGAGGGGGGCCCGGGCUCCGUGUCGUCCUCCCCCCGGGCGCUGGUCCAGGAGUCCCCCUCCGCGUCCCCCGACCGGCCGGCCGAGGACCUGCAGCGGCACCCUAGCCCCAGAGACGCGCCGACGGAGGACACGUUGGCCCCGUCCCUCGAUGACGUGGGCGAGGCCUUGAGGGUGGCCUCUCCCGAGAAGCCGCAGCCGCCGGAAUCCGGGGCCGUGUUCCAGCAGAACAAGAAGGCCAUGAAGAGGCUGAAGUCGGAAGUUUGGCAUCACUUCUCUUUGGCGCCCACGGACAGCCUCAAGGCCGUGUGCAGACACUGCGCCUGCGUCAUCAGCAGGGGGAAGAGGGGUGACGUGGGCACCAGCUGUCUGAUGCGGCACCUCUACAGACGCCACCCCGAGGUCGUGGGGAGCCACAAGGGCUUGCUGGGCACGGGCUUGGCGAAUUCUCCGUACGCUACCUUAGCUUCUGCAGAAAGUUCCUCCUCCAAAUUGACGGACUUGCCAACGAUGGCUACAAAACACAAUCAAGUUCUAUUUCCCAUGAACAGCAAAAAGACCUCCAAGUUAUGGAACCACUUCUCGGUCUGCGCCGCCGACCCCACGAAAGUCGUGUGCUUGCACUGCGGCCGCACGAUAAGCAGGGGGAAGAAGCCCACCAACCUGGGCACCAGCUGCCUCCUGCGGCACCUGCAGCGCUUCCACGGCAGCGCGCUGAAGACGGACGCGCCCCGGGCCGCGCGGCCCCCCUCCCCCGGCCUCCGCGGGCCCCUGGGCGCGGGGCUGUCGGGGCCCACCCCCGUGAACGACACCACCGAGAAGUUUUAUGAUUCCCAUCCAGUUGCCAAAAAAAUCACAAGUCUCAUAGCUGAAAUGAUUGCACUUGACCUCCAGCCAUACUCUUUUGUAGACAACGUUGGCUUUAACAGGCUGCUCGAAUACUUGAAACCUCAGUACUCCCUGCCCUCGCCCUCCUACUUCUCCAGGACCGCCAUCCCAGGCAUGUACGAUAAUGUGAAGCAGAUAGUCAUGUCCCACCUGAAGGAGGCAGAGAGCGGCGUGGUCCACUUCACGUCCGGGAUAUGGAUGAGCAACCAGACCCGCGAGUACCUGACGCUCACCGCGCACUGGGUCACCUUCGCGUCGUCGGCCCGGCCGUACCGUGAGGACCGCCACUGCUCGGCCCUGCUGGACGUGUCCCAGGUCGACUGUGACUACAGCGGCAGCAGCAUCAGGAAGCAGCUGGAGUGCUGGUGGGAGGCCUGGGUGACAUCCCCCGGCCUCCAGGUCGGGAUCACGGUCACCGACAACGCAAGCAUAGGGAAGACGCUGAGCGAAGGGGAGCGGGCGAGCGUGCAGUGCUUCAGCCACACGGUCGACCUCGUGGUCGGCGAGGCCAUCAAGAGCCAGCGGAUGGUCCAGAACCUGCUUAGCACCGCGCGGAAAAUCUGCGAGCGGGUGCAUCGGUCGCCCCGAGCGAAGGAGAAGCUGGCAGAGCUGCAGAAGGAGUAUGCGCUGCCGCAGCGCCACCUCAUCCAGGACGUCCCCUCCCGCUGGAGCACGUCCUUCCACAUGCUGGAGCGGCUCAUCGAGCAGAAGCGGGCCAUCAAUGAGAUGUCCGUCGAGUGCAACUUCAGAGAGCUGAUCAGCUGCGACCAGUGGGAGGUCAUGCAGUCCGUGUGCCACGCGCUGAAGCCCUUCGACGCCGCGAGCCGGGAGAUGAGCGCCCACGCGUCCACGCUGGGGCAGGUCAUCCCCAUGAUCCACAUCCUCAACAGGAAGAUCGAGAUGCUCUUUGAGGAGACGAUGGGCAUCGACACCAUGCUCAAGUCUCUGAAGGAGGCCAUGGUGAGCCGCCUGGCCGCCACGCUCCACGACCCCAGGUACGUCUUCGCCACAUUGCUGGACCCUCGCUACAAGGCCUCCCUGUUCUCGGAGGAGGAGGCGGAGCAGUACAAGCAGGAUCUAAUCAGGGAACUGGAGGGGCUCCACUCUACCUCAGAGGACGUGCCCGUCUCCAACGGGCGCGCCCCAGGCUCCCCCUCCAAAGACUCAGUUGGGGAGGAAAACCUGUGGUCGCUCAUGGCCAAGAUGACCAAGAAGGGCCCCAGGGAAAAGACGAAGGUGCCCGAGGACAUGGUGCUUGCGUAUCUGGAGGAGGAGGUGCUGGAACACAGCUGUGACCCCCUCACCUACUGGAACCUGAAGAGGUCGGCCUGGCCCGGCCUCUCCGCUCUGGCUGUUAGGUUUCUGGGCUGCCCCCCGAGUAUUGUCCCUUCUGAAAGGCUGUUCAGCACACCCACCGAGAACGGCAGCUUUGGCCAGUCCAGGCUCAUGAUGGAACAUUUUGAAAAACUUAUCUUUUUGAAAGUGAAUCUUCCCUUAAUAUACUUUCAGUAUUGAAACUCACCAUGGCCACCGGAGCCACCGGACUGAAAAUACUGUUGGUUAUUAGGCACCAGCUCUUUGUCCCAGGUGGUGGCGCGCUCCAGGGGUGGGGGUGGGGGCGUGGACGCCGCGGCCGGCCCCCCGGGGCGGCACGAGCCUCGCCGUCCAGCCUCACUGUAAUGUCUCCGUGUGCCUUACUCCCAGCACCGCAGGCCGGGGUCCCCGCGGUCCCUGGGGCCCGCCACAGAGAGCCUGGCUUGCCGAUCAUGAAAUACGAUGAUUAGGGCUUCAUUCAUAACUGUAAAGGUUUUUAAAAGUUGGGGGUUAGUCAUUUGUUUUACUAGACUGGCAGAGAAGGUGUAAACGAUUUUAUUCUGUAGGCUUUUUAUUCAGUUAUGUAAAAACCACAAAUCAGGUACUGUAUUUUAGUUUAAAAGUUGCUUUAAUUCAACAAAACAGCUUUUCUGGCUGUUUAAUGAAAUCUGUAAAUAGGAGGUGGAGUUCAAGCCAUCCUGGCUGAGCAGUUUUUAACUGCAGGCUCUAGGAAGUAUGUCGAGGAGUACAGAGAAUAUUCUGGAACAUACUGUUUACUGCAACAGAGGUGUGGCAUUUGAAGACAAAACUAAGGUUAGAUGUGUCCUUCGACGUUGGUUGUAUAGCGAUGUGGUAAAGAGAAGGUUCCGGUUCCUGCUUUUCAUUCAGGUUUUAGGCGGUCGGCGCACUCAGAGAUGCCCCGACCGCUGGCCACGAGCCCCUGGACGCCCGCUGUCGGCCGCGCGCAGUCCUGUCAGGGCCAUCCCGAGCCUCGGACCUGGUGUCUCGACACCGUGAAGCUAUCCUUUGAAAUUUGUGCACUGACCCCGCUGACCCACUUUGAUCAAAUUAUGUAUAAAGUUCUUUCUAGAAGAGAUGGCUUAUUAACAGGGAAGAAGAUUGUUAUAUUGCAGUUGUGAGAAUAGCCUUAGGUGUUUAGAUUUUUUUUAUUAUAUAUAUAUUAGGGAAGAGUCAGCCAUCACGGGAGCUUCAGAAUCCCAAGGACAUCAGAACGAAGCGUCGAUUGUCAGAUUGUUUUAACAAUGAUACGUCUUCAGAGCUUUUGCUUCAACAUCUAGAAAAGGGUUCAUUUUCUUAUUUCAAACCAAUUAAAUAAUCUGGAUGAAGCAAGUCACUCAUUUGCCUGUGACCUUUUAGAAAAAUUGUUUUGUUAAAAACCUGCACCUGUUAUUAAUCUGGAUUUGCAUUGACUAUGUUUUAGUGUAUUUAUAAACAGCGAACUCAGUUUCUGAAAUUAAACUUUUUAUUUGCAAUUUU